AUGUAUGUUGAUAACGUGUUAGCAGGAGCUCAUACUCUGUCAUUAGCCUUGAAAUAUCGUGAUGAAUUAAUAGCUGUCUUAGAAUCUGCUGGAUUCUCUCUGCGUAAGUGGACAGCGAAUAAUGACCACUUAUUAAAAGGAAUUUCUUCAGAUCACUUGCUAGAUGGUGAGUUUUUGAAACUUUCAGACUCCAGCACUACCAAGACCUUGGGACUAAGAUGGAAUGCUGGUAGUGAUUAUUUCUAUUUCAGACUCAAGAAUCAUCCCGAUAAGAAUCUAAUCACUAAGAGAUCAGUUUUAUCCGCAAUUGCCAAACUUUUUGACCCCGCCGGUUGGCUUGCCCCAGUAAUCGUGACAGCAAAAAUAAUUAUGCAACAAAUUUGGAAGGAUGGAACCAAUUGGGAUGAGGAUCUUCAACCUGCUACCUUGCUGAGAUGGCAUAAUUUUCUUGAUGAUUAUGUUCACAUAGAACACAUUAAAAUUCCCCGUUUUGUUGAUUUCGAUCCUUCAUUCUCUAUUGAAUUACACGGCUUUUGUGAUGCCUCAGAGAAGGCUUAUGCUGCAACAUUAUAUUUGCGUUCGGAGAAUUUAGGGUUCGUAUCUACACAUUUACUGAUCUCCAAAACAAAGGUGGCCCCCGUAAAAUUUGUCACGUUACCCAGAAAAGAAUUGUGUGGGGCAGAACUUUUGGCAAAAAUGAUUAAAUCUGUUCAGUCCCAGUUGAGCCUUAGUAAUUAUAAACUAUAUUUGUGGACAGACUCGACGAUAGUAUUGGCAUGGUUACAAAAACCUCCUAAUAAGUGGAAGACCUUCGUCGAGAACCGAGUUUCUUCAAUAAUUGAAAAAGUAGGAAGAGAAUCAUGGUAUCAUGUUGACUCCAAAAGCAACCCCGCUGACUUGGCAUCCCGUGGUAUCACGUUAUCACAACUCAUAAACAAUGAUCUAUGGUGGCAAGGACCAUCAUGGCUUAGUCGCCCACACGCCGAUUGGCCAGCACAAUCGUUCAACUUUGUGACAGAAGAAGAAACUAAACCCAUUCAUGUUCACGUAUCCCAGCUCAAAAACGACGAUAUUCUUCGAAACUUUUCUGACUUUCCUAGAGCAAUGCGUAUCAUAUGUCACGUGUUUCGGUUUUAUCACCGUAUUAACAUUAGAUUAAGACACAGACUUAUAACGACCGAAGAUUUGAAACGCGAGGAACUUAAUUUCGCUAUACAUCUUGAAGCAACUAGUGAUAUAUCCACCCAAGCCUUUUUAGCAGCAUUUGCUAGAUUUUUUUCUCGUCGCGGAUGCCCUAGUUCCAUAUAUUCAGAUAAUGGUACAGCCUUUGUUGGUGCUGCCAAUAUAUUGAACGAUGACAAGGCUCAUUUUAUGUCUCUUCUUAGACGGAAACUUAUUGAGCAAUACAGUUUUGGUACACUAGAAUGGCAUUUUAUACCGCCAGGGGCUCCACAUAUGGGAGGACUCUGGGAGGCGGGAGUUAAAAGCUUUAAAUCGCACUUUAAGAAAAUUUCUCAAUGUCAGAGUUUCACUUUUGAAGAAUUCAGCACUAUGUUGGCUAGAAUCGAAGCCUGUCUGAACUCAUGA